CGAGCGAGACUACAGCAGCAGUGUAAGGACGCUACGUCCUUUGCGCACCGACCACGCCUCAAAAACCAAGAGGCUCGAACGGAUCAACGUCAUCCACGUGACAUAGUGAUGCGAAGAGCGUUACUCUUCGCAUCUGAAGUCACAUGGAUAUAUCUCUUACCAUUCUCUUUCAUUACCUUACCUUGUGCUCACUCUUGCUCCGUCCGUUCAUAUCUACUCUUCACCAUAUGCUCCUCAUUCUCGUUCCGGCCUAGUCAAGUAUUCGAAAACGUAUUCAUACAGACCACGUGCACUAUACCUACAGCGAAAUAUAGCAACAUCUCGUACGCUGAUUCCCCGCUCCAAAAGCACGUUCCAACAUUCCAACAGGAGUCUCGUCUUGUUAUCAUCGCGCUAUCUAUCCCCACCUUUCAUAUUAUCGGGAACGUCUAGUUCACAUUCCCCUUCGAACUCAUUGUCAGCCUUACAGCAGCAUGAGAGGGAGGGAGUUUCAGCACCUACAUGAAAAACUACUUGCCGAGUUAAUGAUGAAUUUUUAACUUGAUGUCGUGAUCGAAUGGACACUGGUCUGUCUGCGUAA